CAAUUGUAUUUAUUAAUGGGAUUCUACAAAAUUUUAUAUCUGAAAAUAUUAUCGUGACAGUGAAGUUUUGCAUUGCUAAUGUACUUGCAGCAUUUAUGUGUUACUGGUAAUUUAUUGAUGUCUGGUAAACGCAUAUUUACCGUUUGCUGCAUAAACUGUUUUACCGUAUGUAGACGUCGUUAGGAGUAAAUUAGCAGCUCUACCUUACCAACAAAUAUUCACUAGAAAUCAAAAUGCCAACCUGUAUAAUCUAGUUACAUUGUGAACACAAACAAUUGAAGGUUACGUCCAAGAUGGUUUUUGCGAAUAUGACAAUGGAAUUUUGUUUGCGUAUGACAUCUAAACAAAUUCGAAGCAACGACUGAUAAGAGAAAUUCUUUUAAUACAUAGUAAAUAAAACAGUACUCGGAAAAAACAAUAUUAUUCCUGGAACGACUCUGAUAAACUUCAAACAUUCAUUUUGUUCGCAGUAUUCGCAUCCGUUUCAUUUAAAUAUACAUAGAUAAUGUUCAGUGGCACUAUGGUUUCUCGAGUAAAAUUUCUGACGAGCAAAAAGUAAGACUGUCAGUCGUGGAUAAAACGUUAUCAGCCAGAAAGGUAAAAGCACGCCGUUUGUCUCGGUAAAAAUAAUUUAAAAAAUACGAUUAUGUGGACAAGCCCGAGGAUACUGGAGUCUUCGUAUAAGACCCUACACUCAUAUUCUAAAUUAUCCUGAAAAUAAUCAUAGAACGUUUCUGCACUGUAGUGCUGAAACCUCCAAGAAUACACAUCUGACAAAACGCACGGUGCGCAGCUGUUACUUCUAGAGACAAGAAGAACCCUGGAGAGCGAGGAUGGCUAAUGCCAGUAACGUAUCAAUAAACACAAGAACCCAUCCUUGUUACAUCAGUCAAUCCACAGUAAAAAUAUACUCCAAAAUUUAUGAAAAUUAUUUCUUUACAGUUCAUUCAAACAGAUCAUACAGGGAUCUCAUAAGCAGUAAAAAUAAUAUAAAUAAGCAAAUAUAGAUGUUGCUAUAAGAUUUUAUGAAAUGUUUGUUCUCUCGAUAAAUUACACCUUACGCUUAUUACACCCCUGAAACGUAUAACGUGGUUAGCAAUGUGGCGACAGUGCCGUAAAAUAAAGGCAGAGAACCACCCAGCGGAACAAUACAUAUUCAGGGAUACUAAAGGGCAUGUCAAGAGUGGGGAUAAAAUACUAUACAGAGGGGUAAGAAAGAUCGAGUGGAGGGGAUACUAAAGAGGGAGCUGCUCUCGGAUGCCGGCGCCGCUGCAGUGACCGGCUGGUGUCCGUGAGCUCCGAGGUGUCGAAAGGUGGACUUCCCAAGUUCAGAGGAAGAAUUGGAAGGAGCGCACGAGAUCACACGCGCUCGCGUCCCACUGCAUUAUAAUUAAUAGUUAACCUCAGUGACUAAUACAGACACAAAACAAUUCACAAGCCUCAGGAGUCAAUAACGUCACGCCGGAAACAUCUCUUGCAUCCUUACUCGUCGAGUCAGUCGCUUUACAACAAGCAGACAGACACUCUAUAAGUCAGUCAGUCACUUUCGACCACGUAUUCUUUCCAAGGCUUACGCGCUUUUCCAUGUCAACGACACGCGCGCUCCUGCCAAGGCCAGCGUGCUACGCCCAGCGCAGAUUCAGUCGCAUUGUUUGGCCGCUGGGCCCCCGUGAUUUGUGUCGUGGGACUCCGGAGGGCCCUGCGACGUCCAAGAGUUUCUAUCAAGAGGAUAGAGUCAGCCGGAGAAAGACAGUCGAAAUAGUGGCUGGUCUCGUCAAGGAGACACCGAAGGCGGAUUUGUACCGGGAGCAACACGACGUUCUUGCCAGCCUGAGAUGAGCGACCAUGGCUGCAUACACUUGAAUAAUUUCAAGGCAGCCAAGGGGAUACAACCGUACAAAGUAAUCCACUCGUAUUUUGUGACCAGCACGUCAGCGGAGGCACGCGUGAGGAAGGCAGUAAGCUGUUUGUGUCAUACAUGUAAAACCUACAAGGAUCGUCUACACUCCUGUCUACAUUGUAUAUUCUUCGGCUGCUAUGUCAAGGGUCACAUACAGGAGCAUGCUAAAACAAAAAAACAUUUUCUAGCCGUGGAUCUGAGUUACGGAAAUAUUUUGUGCUUCCAAUGCGGGGAUUACGUUUACGACAGAGAGUUAUUGGCUGUAGCAAAGUCACAAUGGAGCGAGUCGGCGAAGUCGUUAAGUUUAGGCGAAUUUUAUCGUGCAUGGGAGCCCACACAGAUAGAAGCAGAAUUAUUGAGAAAGAAUCCGCGCAGAAGACGCAUUGUAGAAAAUUCCACUAUAGGUCUAAGGGGACUUAUAAACCUCGGGAGUACGUGCUUCAUGAACUGUAUAGUACAGGCGCUGAUUCACACACCUCUUCUCCGAGACUACUUCCUCGCUGAUCGUCAUCACUGCCCUCAACCGAGCCGUUGCCUAGUCUGCGAAGUGUCUCACCUCUUUCAGGAGUUCUACUCCGGUAGCAAGGCGCCCUUGACACUUCACAAGCUACUCCACUUGAUUUGGACCCACGCCAGACACUUGGCUGGUUACGAACAGCAAGACGCUCACGAGUUCUUUAUCGCGACACUCGAUGUCCUUCAUAGGCACUGUGAGGCUGCGCCAAUCCUCGUUAAGGAUAAUCCGCAUCAUUGCAACUGUAUAAUAGAUCAAAUUUUCACCGGUGGUCUCCAGAGCGAUGUCGUCUGUCAAGCAUGCAACGGAGUGUCUACGACGAUCGAUCCUUUCUGGGAUAUAUCAUUAGAUCUUGGACCAGCAGCAGGUGCCUCAGGAUCGGAUAGCUCUGGACCACCAACUUCUUUGUUGGAUUGCUUGGAACGCUUCACUCGUGCUGAACAUUUGGGCUCCAGUGCGAAAAUCAAGUGUAGCAAUUGUCAGACUUAUCAGGAAAGUACGAAGCAGCUGACGAUGAAGCAGCUACCAAUUGUUGCCAGCUUUCAUCUAAAGCGUUUCGAGCAUUCCAGCAUUCAGGACAAGAAGAUUUCCACGUUUAUAUCCUUUCCUGAACAGCUGGACAUGACACCUUUCAUGUCCCAUCGACGUAACGGGAAUAAUAAUAGCGCGAGUUUGGAUGCUUUGCCAAAAAAUGGCGAGGACACUGCGUUCAGUGAUAACAGGUAUUGUCUGUUCGCCGUUAUCAAUCACGAAGGAUCUCUCGAGACGGGUCAUUAUACUGCGUUCAUUCGGCAACAAAGGGAUCAGUGGUUUAAGUGCGAUGAUCAUUUGAUAACGAGGGCAAAGUUGAAGGAUGUCUUGACAAGUGAAGGGUAUCUACUUUUCUAUCAUAAACAGAUUCUGGAGUACGGUCGGAAUAGUAAAAUGUGAAGUCCAAAUCAUGUAAUUAACUUAUUUAUCUUGACGAUCGAAUGCCGGACGAUAGGCUUCUGUUCUUUAGUGUUAAUAAGAGAAGUCGUUGCAUAGGGAGAAAAAAGAAAGCGCAUUGUUUGAUGCUACUAUGCUUGGUAUCCAUGCACGACAAAAGUGACUGAAAUACUGGUUGCUUCCAGCAUAAAGCGAAUUCUGUGCUUUUUAUGAACAAUUAUAGAAAAAGGAUCCAAGAAAUGCGAUCAGUCCUCGAGGAUGACGCAUUAAUGAUAAUCGUGGAAGAUUAAUAAUAACCGGAGAAAAAGAAUGUUCGAAAAAAAAUUCAUGUAAAAAUUAAAGUAGGAAUUGCAGUACGAACAAGAUAAUUUUUAUUGAUCGAAUUACUAGAUAAAUUUAAAGGUAGAAAAAAACAAGACAGGGCUAAUAGACAUCCAACGCAAGGAUGACUCUCGCCUCUACGGAUCAGAUAAUCAAUGAAAGCGCUCUAUUAGGAAUAUCAACCAUUGCAGUAAAAUAUGAUCAUCGAUCAUAAAUUGAACUGUCUGAUUAAAUGGAAGAAUUGGAGAGAAAUUAUGACGUAACAGCAAGAGGUGCUGGUUCUUUACUGUUUCCGCAUUACUUUCGUUUUAUUUUUCUUACGUUUGAAAAAAUAAGAGACAAUGCUAUUGGCGAUCGAUUCUCUUGUUCGCAUCCUGCAUGAAAUUAAACGUAAGGGUAAUUUUAAGGUUAGCUCAAUUUUUUUAAACAACCGAUCGCAAUUUUUGUAUAUUGCUGACUGUUAUCGUAUUCCUGCCCUGACAAUUGUAUACACCAACGACCAUGGUUGGAACGCACGGUUUAUUUCAGUUUUAAUUCUUUCUCGUUUAUACUCUUAUAUAUUUAUCAUUGAUGAAGAAUGAAACACGUAUCAAUAACCAUUUGAAUAAAUGUAAAGAAUUCAAGGAACAAUUUGGAGACAGUUUCUUAAUGGGAUAGACCAUGGGUACCAAUCUUGGCCAAAUCAUUUUUGUACAAAUGAAAUAACAUAUUACAAACUGAUAAUAAUUUUCGAUAAGGUGAAUUACCUCGCCUUUUUCUCCGACUGUAUAAUAAAUUACUGUUUGAAUAAAACUUCCCUGGCAGCCUAUUGUAUUUUCUGUUCGAUACAGGGAUUGAACCUGGAAACAAAUGAAAAAAAGUAUAGAAGUUACAUUGAAUGGUUAUCGUACCUUCUAAUUACAAUAAUUCAUUCUAUCCAUUAAACUACUCUAUGUAUACUGAAUGACAUACCAUUGUUAAAAUGAUUAUUGGUGUACGUUUCGAAAAAGUCCUACAAGUAAUUUUUCAAAGUGAUUCUGUGACAGUAAGACAAAACAAAGUCUUUUUAAUUGUACCUUCUAUGUGAAAGCUUGUUUGUAUUUCUUUUUACAAGAACAGCCCUUAUGAAAGGCCAAUGUGCCAAAUUUUCUUUGUCACUCAUCAUUUUAAUCAUAUCUAUAUUGUACAUUAAAGGUGUAAAAUUCUUUCAUCUUUACCCAAUAUCAUACGGGUUUCCAUACUGUGUUCAUUGACAAAUGCGUCGAGUAGAAAAUAAUAGUGGCCCAUUAUAUAAAAGCGUUCCUGAACUCUUAAGCUGUAAAUUUAAGUUAAAACUUUAUCUCUGAUAAAAAGUCUGAGGGUUCCUUGAGAGAAGAUGUAUAAUAAUAAACGAAAAGAAAGAAUAGAAAAAUGAUCUUCACGUUUCAGAGAAAGGCACUGUAAUAUACGUUUAUAAAUUAUAAUUAUUUGGAUUAUAAUUGUUUUGCGACUUUGCAAAACCUCAUCACGAGCAUGGCAUUAUAGAGAAAUUAAAGGUAAACUAAAUAAAAAUGAACAUAUAAUUAAUAUAACAAAAUUUUGUGGCGUGUAAUGUUUGUAAUUAAAUGGCGAAAACAGGAUAUUAGACUGAAGAAUACAGAAAUUUAAAGGCGCAGAGAUUCUAGACAGUGUGUCUAUAGAAAUGUGCAAAGAACAAAAUUGUAACAUUAUAAAUAUUAUAGGGAAAAAAAUUGUAAUGUCGACGUCUGUUUAGAGUCUGUCGUUUCGCAUCGCGUCCUAUGAAUUUAAAAUCCUAUAUCGUUCGUCAUGACAGGACCAUAAUAAAUUAUUGUAGUAAUUACAAAUGAAAGCCAAUACUAGAUAGUUGUAACAUUUUGUAUAAGGCUGAAAUAAAGAUAUAUUUCAAACGGUGAA